CGCUCGGAUCCGGAUACUUGCUCGCAGCGCAAGUCGCAGCAGCCCCUCUCCCGCUCGGCACUCGGCAGCACUUGGCAGCACAUCGGCAGGUCGGCGCACCAUGACUGUCUUGAGAACGCUCCUUUCGCGAGCCAUCCCGCGGGCCAUCGUGCCUGCUGCCGUCGCCAAGCCCCGAUUCUUCUCGGGCUCGUUGGCGGCUCGAUCGGCCGAGAUUUCCACGACCGAAUACGAUCCCUCGGACCUGGAUCGCUUGCAACAACUGCGAAACAUUGGUAUCUCGGCACACAUCGAUUCGGGCAAGACCACCUUGACCGAGCGAAUCCUCUACUAUACCGGUAGAAUCGACCAGAUCCACGAGGUCCGUGGCAAGGACAAUGUCGGCGCCAAGAUGGACUCGAUGGAACUUGAGCGAGAAAAGGGCAUUACCAUCCAGUCCGCCGCCACAUACACCAAGUGGAAGGACACCAACAUCAACAUCAUCGAUACGCCCGGGCACGUCGAUUUCACCAUCGAAGUCGAGCGAGCUCUCCGUGUUUUGGACAGUGCCGUCCUGGUGCUUUGCGCCGUCGGUGGUGUGCAGAGCCAAACUAUCACUGUCGAUCGUCAAAUGAAGCGUUACAACAUUCCCAGAAUCUGCUUCAUCAACAAAAUGGAUAGAGCCGGCGCCAAUCCCUUCCGCAUCAUCAGCCAGAUCAAGGAAAAGCUCCGUCUCAACGCUGCCGCCGUUCAACUUCCGAUCGGAGCCGAAAGCAACUUCAAUGGCGUCGUUGAUCUCGUCAAAAUGAAAGCUUACUACAACGAAGGCAACAAAGGCGAGACCAUCCGCGUCGAGGAAAUCCCCAAGGACAUGGCCGACCAGGUGCAAGAGUACCGAUCCAAGCUGAUCGAGGCCCUCGCUGAUGUCGACGACACGAUCGGUGAUCUUUUCUUGAACGAAGAGGAGCCCUCGAACGACCAGAUUUUUGAUGCCAUCCGCCGAAACACCAUCUCGCUCAAGUUCACGCCGAUUUUCAUGGGAUCUGCUUACCACAACACUGGUGUGCAGCCCUUGCUUGACGGCGUCGUCAACUACCUGCCCUGCCCUCACGAAGUCGUCAACCAGGCUCUCGAUACCGACAAAGGCGAAGCAAUUGUAAACCUCAGUUCCAAAUCCAGCGAUCCCCUCGUCACCCUGGCUUUCAAGCUCGAGGAGGGCCGUUUCGGACAGCUGACGUAUCUGCGCGUCUACCAAGGUACCCUGACCCGCGGCGCCGUCAUCACUAACGUCCGCACCGGCAAGCGUGUCAAGGUCUCUCGUCUCGUGCGCAUGCAUUCGAAUGAAAUGGAGGAUGUCGAAGCUGUCGGCUCUGGUGAAAUCUGCGCCUUGUUUGGCAUCGAGUGUGCCAGCGGCGACUCGUUUACGGACGGCGCCAGCUCGUACACCAUGACCUCGAUGUACGUCCCAGACCCCGUCAUCUCUCUCUCGCUCGAGCCCAAGAGCAAAGACACCAUCAACUUCAACAAGGCUCUCCAGCGGUUCCAGCGCGAGGAUCCUACAUUCCGCUGCCAUGUCGACUCGGAAAGCAAGCAGAUCAUCAUCAGCGGCAUGGGCGAGCUCCAUCUGGAGAUUUACGUCGAGCGCAUGAAGCGCGAAUAUGGCGUCGAGUGUGUCACCGGCAAGCCCCUCGUUGCCUUCCGCGAGACCAUCACCAAGUCGGCCCCGUUCAACUACACCCAUAAGAAGCAGAGCGGCGGUUCUGGCCAGUUCGGUCGAGUCUCUGGAUACAUUGAGCCGCUCGACGAGGUCUCUGAAGACGGAAAGACGACCGUGUUUGAGGACAAGACCGUUGGUAUGAACAUUCCUCACCAGUUCAUCCCCGCCAUUGAGAAGGGCUUCUACGAGGCUUGCGAGAAGGGCAACUUGAUCGGUCACCCCAUCACCAAGUGUCGCUUCGUUCUGGAGGACGGUCUUGCCCACGUUGUCGACUCGAGUGAAAUCGCCUUCAGACUUGCUGCCAUCGGGGCCUUCCGUGAUACGUACUCCAAGUGCAACCCGAUCAUUCUUGAGCCCAUCAUGGAAGUCUCUGUCACCGGCCCGGCUGAGUACCAGGGCGCCAUCAUCGGCCUGUUGAACAAGCGCAAGGGCACCAUCGAGGACUCUGAGGUCCGCGAUGAGUACAUUGAGAUCCAAGCGCGCGUUCCCCUGAACGACAUGUUUGGCUUCUCGACGGACCUGCGGUCCAUCACCCAGGGCAAGGGCGAGUACAGCAUGGAGUACAAGGAGCACGCUCCUGUCACCAUGGACGUCCAGAAGAAGCUCGUCGAUGAGUACCAGCGCGCCCGUGCCCAGGCCCUCAAGCGAUAGACUGCAUCUGCAUGUUGAGGCCAUUGUCCCAUCAUGUUUCUUGUUUCUGUUAUAAUCGACCACUGCUCCCUCCUGAGCAAACACCGGGUUGUCAAGUUCAUUCCAAUUGGCGCAACGAUUUAAUCGCCAUCUUCUUUGCCUUGGACUGCUUUGCUCCGUCCACUUUAUGAUUCUUUCCAGCUUAUCAUCAGAGUCUGCAUUCACCCUGGGGACAUGUGCUGGCCUGGCUCAGCGUGGCCGUUCAAGAAAAUAUAGUCCUUGCAGCGUGUUCGGAACGAAACGGGACAGUGCCCGUUCGUGCGCAUUCACAUCAAACACU